CAGCCACAUGGCCGUGGAAGACUGUAAAUAAAUAUCCACACAGACGCUCGCCUUCUGCUCUCGGCUGACCAAACCGUUCCCGCCUGCGCUGCAGCCCUGUCGGUUCACGAUGUCGUCGGAGAUCCAGGCGCAGGUGGAGUCCUUGUUGUCCUCGCUGAUAAAAGUCGCCGCGGUGGAGUUGACCAAACUGUUCGAGCGCAGCCUUCGCGCUGCUGUGGUGGAGUCCCGUGAGGACGACCCGCAGAAGAAGCGGAGCAUCGGCGUGCAAGUGGAGCCGAGCCUCCCUGGCUCCCUACCAGUGUGUUUGGGAGACACCAAAGAGGCGGACCUGGAGGACGUUCUCUUCUCUGACGAACAUGCAGACAUGAAGUGUUCCCCUCUGAUCGAGCAGGUUCUAGCAGAGUCUGUGGUCUUGAGAUUCCUGGAGUCAGCAGCUGACUAUGAUUCUCUGACUCACACUGCCAUUCAAGACUCUCAGGAACUGACGCCUGAAGACUUGCAAGUUUCACCCAUGAACCACAAGCUUCUCUGGCUUGAGCCGGAGUCCUCCGAUUCAGAGAGGUUCGUGAAUCCGUUGAUCCCGAAGACGGAACCCCUGGAUGCUCUAGAGGAGCCCCUGCUGGCAUGUGUCAGUACCGUCAAUGGCGUGGCUUACAGCCCGUCCACCCUGGACGGCGCAGCCACGCUCCCUGUGCCUGAGACGACUGAAACAAAGUCGGACAAGAUGCUCCUUCGUCCAUGCGUGGUCGAGCUAGUGGACAUUCUCAAAGUCCCGAAUGUGUCGGCUGAGCUUCCCGAGGAUAGUUCUGUGCCCAAAGACCUGCGGCGACACAAGGGGCAUCACACGGGCAGGCGCAUCUGCUGCUUCACUCCAUGCGGGCGCGAUGUGUGGCGGCUGCGCCUGCACACCUGCAACACCUGCGGGAAGGUGUUCGGCCGACGGAAGAUUCUGCGGCGGCACCUGCGCUUCCACGCGGGGGAGAAGCCCUACGUGUGCUCACGCUGCCCAAAAACAUUCACGCUGAAGAAGAGCCUUCACCGCCACCAGAGGUUCCACACCGGGGAGAGGCCACACAUCUGCCCCCACUGCGGCAAAGGCUUCCACCUGAGGGAGAACCUGAAAGCGCACCUGAGAUUCCACAUGGGGAAGAAGCCCUACAGCUGCGACAGAUGUGGCCACACCUUCAGGGUCAUGAAGAACCUGGACAAACACAAGCUCAGCCAGUGUGGGUUCUUCGUCCCGUCGUUCAAGACUCUGGCCGGGUUGUAGCAGAACUGCAGGGUGGCUGACUACCUCAGAUCUUGUACUGUUUUCACUACUGUUUUUACAGCCUGCAUUAAAAAAAACCUGCUGAUGGUGUCAUCACAUAUGGCAGCACUUUAACUGGCCGAUCCACAGGAGAAAUCAGGAAAGGUUGACGUUGAGUCCAAAGAUCUAACCUCAUGCUGGCUCAUUUACAUUCCGUUUUCUAGAUGUUUUUUACUUGCUGCUUCCAUUAAAA